AUGCAGUCCUUGAGACAGAUGCGGCCGGCAGGCAAGCUCCUGAACCAAGCCGCGAAGCGUGCAUACAGCGCCUCGGCAGCUGGCCCUUACACCAAGACCAUCGACAACCUGCGCAUCAACUCCGAGACCAAGGUGCUUUUCCAGGGCUUCACUGGCAAGCAGGGAACCUUCCACGCGCAACAGGCCAUCGACUACGGCACCAAGGUCGUCGGUGGAACGAACCCCAAGAAGGCUGGCCAGGAGCACCUCGGUCUCCCCGUCUUCGGUAACGUCAGCGAGGCCGUCAAGGAGACUGGCGCCGAUGCCACCGCCAUCUUCGUCCCCCCCCCUCUGGCCGCCGCCGGUAUCGAGGAGGCCAUUGCCGCCGAGAUCCCCCUCGUCGUCUGCAUUACUGAGGGUAUCCCCCAGCAUGACAUGGUCCGCAUCACCAACAUGCUGAAGACGCAAUCCAAGACCCGCCUCGUCGGCCCCAACUGCCCCGGCAUCAUCGCCCCCGGCCAGUGCAAGAUCGGCAUCAUGCCCGGCUUCAUCCACAAGCGCGGCCGCAUCGGUAUCGUCUCCCGCUCCGGCACCCUCACCUACGAGGCCGUCAACCAGACCACCCAGGCCGGCCUCGGCCAGUCCCUCGUCGUCGGUAUCGGCGGUGACCCCUUCAGCGGCACCAACUUCAUUGACUGCCUCAACGUCUUCCUCAAGGACGAGGAGACGGACGGCAUCAUCAUGAUUGGCGAGAUUGGUGGUUCCGCCGAGGAGGACGCCGCCGACUUCCUCCGCGCCAACAACACCGUCAACGGCGGCAAGCCCGUUGUCUCCUUCAUCGCCGGUAUCUCCGCUCCCCCCGGCCGCCGCAUGGGUCACGCCGGUGCCAUCGUCUCUGGCGGCAAGGGCGGUGCCGACUCCAAGAUCUCCGCGCUCAAGUCCGCCGGUGUCAUUGUCGAGCCCUCCCCCGCCGGUCUUGGCAAGGCCCUCUACGACGAGUUCGUCCGCCGCGACCUCUUGUAA